UGCUGCUCUUCUUCUUUCCGCCGGCUGCUCAUCCCUCUCGGCAGCUUAGUGUUGACGCCGUCGCCUCUCUCCCGUUCAGAGCUGCAGCCGCGGAUAUAUCUUCGACUCGUGCCUCAGCAGUCUUCCAUCUUGCAGUUUGAACUGAUUUUCUACUCUCCUGUUGUUACUGAGGCUUAAUAGCUGUGAGUAUGAGCAACAAGGUUGGUGCUGUUAAAAGUGUAGAAGGCUAUAAACCCCCACCAGAGUUUGAGGAAGACGACAGGGAAUUUCUUACUGAUAUUUCUUUGUCGGACUCUGUAGAGCUUUGGCUUAUUCAAUGGCCUGCUAAUCAAGCUCCGGAUUUUGAUGGCCAAGAGUUUUCUCUCCAACAUCGUCCUGAUGGACAUUUGGGCAGCUUUCAGGGUUCAUCUGGAAAAUCAUAUGAUGUGGUCAGCUGUGUGGCUCAAGAACCUGAGGCUUCUGUCUUUCUACCAUCUUCAUCAGACACCAGAUUAGUUGGAAAGAUUGCCCGGCGGAUAUCUCUCGUGCAUUACCCAGAACCUGAAGAACUUGAAAAGGCCACCCCUAUGAAAUCAGUAUAUAAAAAAUCUUCUGGAAUGUCACUGACCACUUCAUCUCGUCCAACUACAACAUCACGAGGCCCACACUCGAGCAGUAGAAGAACAAGCUCUACACGAAGUAGUAAGCCAAGAAGUUCAAUAUCUGAAUGUGGGGAACCAUCAAAGCCUUCAAGUAUUAAACAGGAACCAGAACCCUCCGAGUCCAGAGAUUAUCUGAAAAAGGAUUCAUCGAAAAGAAAACGUCACAAGCCUAGCGAUCGACCGACUAACCACUCUACUCAAGAUGAGGGAUGUGAUCCUUGUGCAGCAACUUUUUCAGGGCCCUCCCGGCUGUCUAGUGAAUGUAAAACAAAAAAAAAAAAGCAAAAGAAAUGAAUGAGGUUCCUGCAAACUGUAUUCAUUAGUUUUUGACUGGUUACUAAAGUAUGUCUGUACUCUUAUUUCCCAUUUGUCUUUCCUUGGAUUAAUUUUGGAGAAGUUUUACGUCAUGGGAAGUUGUCUCUUUGAUCUGUCAUGCUAGUUAUAGAAAAUUCUUAAUUAAUAUAUUGUUUAUUAA